CAUUACUCUUUGAAAUCUGCCACUAUAAAAAUUUCAUGGAUCUUGCUUGCUAAGGACUCUUUAUUCCACCUAUUUAAAAAAUUUAAAAUGUCGUUUAUCAAGUCUUUUAGUAAUUUAGUCCUUACACGUUCUCUUUCAACAAGAUCCUUACAUCCCAAAAAGUUUGUCAGUAUCUUGGAAAACGUACCUAUCAAACCUCGUAACCCUUGGCAGAUUUAUUUGCGUGAAAAUAUCAACAAUUACAAGAAUGAAAAUGGUAAGGUUGAACUCAAGGUCGCCACCAGACUUAUGGGAGAUAAAUGGAAGGCGUUGGAUGAAACGGAAAAAGCUAGAUGUAAAAAGAUUUACGAACAAGAGGUAGAAGCUCACAACAUUAAAAAGAAUGAAGCUUUGAAAAAUGCCACUCCCCAACAAUUUUUUGAAGAGAACAGAUUAAGAAGAAAAUACAAAUUAAAUUUGAUUAAAGAUCCAAGCCAACCCAAGCGUCCUAUGAAUAGUUUCAUGUAUUUCCUUAAACACCUCAGAGAAACCAAAGAUCCUGUUAUGAAGAGGGGCGAUGUCAAAGAACAAGCUACAAGUGCUUCAGAUUUAUACAAAGCUCUAAGUGAAGCUGAAAAAGCGCGCUAUGUUGAACUGGCUAAUCGUGCUAGUGAAAAGUACCAACAAGAAAUCAAAGCAUACAGAGAGUCAGCCAUGUAAAGAAAAAUUAAUAUUUAUGCAUUGUACACCAUUGUUUCACUCAAAAGUAAAGCGAUUUCAUGGAAAUUGCCAUCAGGGAACACGUAUUUUAAAUUCAAACGUCAAGUAAUAAAACAUUACAGAAUUUAUUUUUAAAUGUCAGUAA